GAAAUAUUUAAAGAAUAAAGUAAAGUUUUUGACAUGAUCAAGCUCUCUUUUCAUGUGUUGUUUUGCUCAAUUUUUUGUGCCAAUCUUUUGUUUUCUAGGCCUGCAGUCUCUCAAGAAGUUGAUGAUGAGAGUGGGUUUAAUUAUGAAGAAGGUGGAAAGAAAGGACCAGCUAAUUGGGGAGAUCUUAAACAAGAAUGGCAUGAAUGUAAAACUGGACGAAUGCAAUCUCCUAUCGAUUUGUUACAUAAGAGAGUUCAUAUUAUACCCAAAUUUAUGGACUUCAAAAUCCAUUACAAGCCUACCAAUGCAACUCUUAAGAAUAGAGGUCAUGAUAUAAUGCUAAAAUGGAGUGAUGAGGCUGGAUAUAUCGAAAUAAAUGGAACUCAAUAUUUUCUGAAACAAUUUCAUUGGCACUCUCCUUCUGAGCAUACUAUUAAUGGUAAAAAAUUUGCUUUGGAAGCUCAUUCAGUGCAUCAAAGUCAAAAUGGAAAUAUUGUUGUGAUUGGAAUUCUCUAUCGUAUUGGACAACCUGACUAUUUCUUGUCCACAAUCAAAAAGCAUUUGGAAGAAAUUUCAGAGACAAACAAAUCUAAGGUAGUGAAUGAAAUUGAUCCAUCACUACUAGAAAUACAAAACAGUCUAUAUUAUAGGUAUAAUGGCUCUCUAACGAUUCCUCCAUGCACUCAAAAUGUCAUUUGGUUUAUUGUCAAAAAGGUUAGGAGUGUUGCACCCUACCAAGUGGAAUUACUUCGUGUUGCUAUUCAUGAUGAUUCAAAUACUAAUGCAAGGCCUUUACAACCUCUCAACAACAGAAUAAUUCACCUUCAAUUUAGAUCAGAAUGUAUGGAGAAGGAGCAUUAACGUGAAGGAGAAAAUUUCCAAUAUUACCGUGAUAUGAAAAAUUCUUCAUACAAUCUUCACUUAUUGUGCGUUACUUCAAUCAACUCUUGAAAAUAUGGUGAAAUUUACUGAUAUCAUUGUAGGACUCAUAAAUAUUAUUGAAGAUAAAUUUAUAGUAUGAGCAUAAGGAGUAUGGUACUAGAAAUUUUUCCUAUACAC